CAUGCCACAGGAAACGCACUGGAGAAUACAUUAAUGCAGAGUAGUUGGGGGCAGUGAAGCAUUUGUGUGGGAUUGUGUGCUCCUGUCCUUUUAAUUAGCUUUUUAUUUUAAAAAAAUGAGGAUGCAUGUUAUUUACGAUUCUAGAGAAGAAGAGGGAACUGAGGAACAGGAGGAGGCGUUUGGUAAACCCUUUGUGGAAGACAGGGGCAUUGAAUUUGCUAAGAAAUGCAGUGACCAGAUAAGUGAUAUUAAAUACAAAGAAGAGCACGUAAAGUCAAAAGGCAAGUUUACCUUUGUCCCGGACACACCUCAGCAGCAAUGUAUGAAAAAUGCAACUGCUCUCAUUUCUGAGAUCAAGUACAAAGGAGCUGGGAAAGAAGAAAGCUCCAAGUGUUUGUAUGCACAGAUGCCAGCAACCAUCGAUACUGUCUUUGCCAAAGAAGUUUCACAGAUUCAGAGUCAGAAAUAUUAUAAACACAAACAUGACGUUGAGAAAGGAAAAUCAAAUUACUCAAGCAUGCAAGAACCACCGGAGGUUAAACAUGCGAUGGAAGUCAACAGAAAUCAGAGUACUGUUUUGUACAAGAAAGAUGCACUGAGCAUGCACAGAUACACGGAGAUUGCUGACAGACUGGACAUCAAAAAAGCAACACAAACAUCGAGGCUUGUCAGUAACGUAGAAUAUAAAAACGACGCUAAAGCGGCAGCAGCUAUGAAAACAUCCAUAAUAGGCAGACCAGACAUUGAACACGCUAAGGAGGUUUCCAAAUUAACUAGUCAAAUUAACUACAAAGACAAAUAUAUCAAAGAAGGAAAAAGACAUCACUACAAUCCUCAGGAAAGUGCCUCUUUCAGACAAUUGCAAACAGCAAAUGCUCUUGCCAGCAAUGUAAAAUAUAAGCUUGAUCUUCAAAGAAUAAAUCGCACAGCCUCGCAUUUGCCUAAUUUGUUGCAUCUGGAGCAUGCGUUAACAGCCAGCAAACUGCAAAGUGCUUAUGAAUACAAGAAACAAUUUGAAAAAAGUAAAGGUCAUUAUCACCUGGCAUUGGAUACUUCAGAACAAUUGCACCAUAAGGAAAAUAAAAUACUCCAAAGUCAGGUCAAGUACAAGGAAGAGUAUGAAAAAUCUAAAGGAAAAUCAAUGCUGGAAGUUAUGGAGACUCCAAAUUAUUUAGCAACAAAAGAGGCACAGAAUCUGCAGAGUGAGAAGGAAUACAGAAGAGAUUAUGAUGAGGCAAUCAAAGGAAGAAUGUCGGUGGAUCUUGAUAUGACCCCGAGCUACUUACAUGCCAAACAUGUCUCCAGUCUUCUUAAUGAGAAAGAAUAUAGAAAAGAAUGGGAAGAAAAUAUUAAAGGAAAAGGGCUGGCUCUGGCGGGAGACACACCUGACAGGGUUCGAGUCAGAAAUGCAUCCCAGAUAUUAAAUGAGAGAGAGUACAAAAAGGAUUUUGAAACCCAAAUUAAGGGCAAAGGAAUGGAACUAAGUGCAGAUGUUCUUGAUAUUAAACGUGCCAUGAAAGCAUCAGAAGUUGCCAGUCAGAAAAAAUACAAGGAUGAAGCAGAAAAAAUGCUCAGUACUGUUACCACACUGGCAGAUACUCCAGAAAUGGAGAGAGUUAAGGAAAACCAAAAAAAUGUCAGUAUGAUCCAGUACACUGCAGACUUAAAAUCACUUAAAGGCAAGGUAAUAGCUGUAAUUGAAACUCCUGAAAUCCGCCUUGCUAAAGAGAACUGCAUGAAGUUCAGCAAUGUGAAAUAUAAAGAAGAAGUUGGGCAAGGAACAGCAAUUCCAGAUCCUUUUGACUUAAAACGAGUCAAAGAAAAUCAGAAGAACAUCAGUUCGGUGAAAUACAAAGAAGAAGUUGGGCAAGGAACAGCAAUUCCAGAUCCUUUUGACUUAAAACGAGUCAAAGAAAAUCAGAAGAACAUCAGUUCGGUGAAAUACAAAGAAGAAGUUGGGCAAGGAACAUCAAUUUCAGAUCCUUUUGACUUAAAACGAGUCAAAGAAAAUCAGAAGAACAUCAGCUCGGUGAAGUACAAAGAAGAAGUUGGUCAAGGAACAGCAAUUCCGGAUCCUUUUGACUUAAAACGAGUCAAAGAAAAUCAGAAGAACAUUAGCUCCAUCAAGUAUAAAGAGCUGGUUGGCAAGGGCACUCCCGUCAGUGUUACUAUUGAAAUGGAACGAGCCAAGAAGAAUCAAGCAAAUGUCAGCUCGAUUCAGUACAGGUAUGACCUGAAGGAAAUGAAAGGCAGACCGGUUCUCCUUUUAGACACACCAGAAAUGAAACGUGUCCGUGAGACACAAAACAAUAUCUCCAUGAUUAAAUAUCACGAGGACUUUGAAAAGACAAAGGGCAGGGGCUUCAAUCCAGGGCUUGAUGACCCUGCAAUAGACCAGGCACGGAAGAACACUCAGUUUGUGAGUGAUGCUGCCUACAAAGGAGUGCAUCCUCACGUGGUGGAGAUGGAGAAAGGCAGACCUGGUGUCGUGGGUGAAUUUAAAGUAUGGCGCACAGAUCCUGGUUCCAUCUUUGACUUUGAUCCUCUUGAAGACAACAUCCAGUCCCGGAGUCUACAUUUGCUUUCUGAAAAGGUAAAACGUUACAGUAAACAAUCUGAGUCCACAAGCGUGGGCAGUGUAAGUGUUGCCGGUGAAAAGUCAGAGGUAACUGAGCUUAAUCACAGCUUCUCCUGCUACAGUGAAAGUACAUUGGAACUAUCUGAAGAAGGAGCUGCUGUCCUUCCUGGGGCAUACCAGCAGGUACAGUCUCCUCAUUCCUCAGGUUUUGGCUACAUGCACCAGUCCAGUGUUUCCUCUAUGAGGCCUCAGCAUUCUCAAUCAGUCUUGUUGAGGACAUUCAGGGCAAUGUAUGACUACACUGCAGCGGAUGAUGAUGAGGUUUCCUUCAAGGAUGGCGAUUUUAUCGUCAAUGUCCAGGCGAUUGAUGAGGGUUGGAUGUAUGGCACUGUCCAGAGAACUGGAAACACUGGAAUGCUUCCAGCAAACUAUGUCGAACCUUUUCACUAAAUCUAGUUUCUUGCCGUUUGUGCUUAAUCCUUUAUUUUUAUUACACUAAACGGUAAUUCAAAUAUUAAAAGGGAGCAAUGAAUCUGUUAAGUAUAAUAAACCCAUAUUUACUAUCUAGUGGCUUUUCAUUAUUGUAUUCCUGAUUAUUGUACACCUAGGACUUUCCAACUACCUGUUCUUCUCAAUGACCAAUGUGGUCAUUCACUAAGAAGGGUAUCUUGCAGUCAAUAAAGCUUUUACUAAUGUUAUACUUUAAUAUAAACCGAAGUAGCAACAUUGAUUGGGCUAGUCCGUAACUGCAUAACAAACUUUAUCAACUGUUGGGUGUAGUUUGCAGCUUGUGAUCAGCCCUGAUCAUAACUGGCUGCAGCACAAGUGUGAUUUAAAAAAUAAAUUAAAAAGUAGCUAUAAGCAAUUUUGCUUAGUUUGCUUUUAGGGUAUUUGCAAAUUCCUGUUUUUGAAAAGUGAUUUAAGUUUCAAAUACUCAUAUCAAAUAUGGUAUCUUCUGUUACAAAUGAUUGUUGGCUAAUUUUGAAAAGAUUGAAUACUAAUCAGUACACAUUUGUAUCUUCAAAUGCUUGUGAGAUGCACAAAAUGACUAAACUCUGCUUUAUAGUAUAGUACAUUGAAGGUAUUUCCUUGAUGGAAUUAUGUUUUUCUUUCUAUGCACUGCGGAUAUCUCAAGCACUUUCUUUGCACUGAAGUGAAUUGUCUGUGUACAGUUCAAUCAACAGUGUUUUACUCCAAAGGAAAUGUAUGCCCCCUCUGGCCUAGAGGACUCUGGGCUAUUAUAAAAUGGGGUCUGAAAACGUGAGCGUCAUCUGGUUUGCUUUGCUUUGGUUGUUGGUCAUGCAUGCUUUGUCUGCAGUGUAUUGUUAGCCAAUAGACUGUUUAUUAAAUUGGUUAUAAGAUAAUCCUUAUUAACAUUAUCCUGAUGAAUGAACAGGAGUUCCAUAUAACUGGCACACUGCUGUGACUAGUACCAAUAAGGGUCAAAUAAAGUUUAUCUAAUGUAUACACUA